AUGCCGCGGCAAGCGUGCCCCGAAGCGGGCACGAGCGAGGAGCGCCUCGACGUAGACAGCGGCGCCACCACAGACGACCUCCGGAGGCUGCUCGCCGAUCGCUUCCCUGGCCUGGCGGAUCUCCUUCCCGGCUGUGCGCUCGCUCGCAACGGCGACUACGUCACCGGCACCGAGCCGAUGGCAGAGGGCGACGAGCUCGCGGUGCUGCCUCCGGUGAGCGGAGGGUGA